AUGGACCUCUUCCUCUACAACGACACCCAUCGCCUGUGGAUCUGUGGUCCCUGUGGAUUCGCCGUGCGGCCCGCCCAUCUCGCCGCCCACCUGGCCAACCGCCAUCCCAAGCAUCCCUCCGCGGCCACCCCGGCCCUCCGCCGGGCCGCCUGUGCCCUGAUGCUCAAGCGGCCCUGCUGGGACCCCGCGCGGGAGCCUGACCGUCCGGUCCCGCCGCCCCCGGCCCCGGGGAGUCCGCCGGUCCCGGGGCUCCCCGUCCACCCGGGCUAUCGCUGCCCCCACCCCGACUGUGCCUACAUCGUGUGCAAUCCUGAGAGCCUCCUGCGGCACCGGACCCGGAUCCAUGCGGACCGUCGACCCCGGGGCCGACAGCCCCCGGCCAGCCAGGUGUCCCCGCUGCCCCUGUAUCGGACCGUCAGCUGUCAGCGCUUCUUCCCCUCCGGUGCCGGCAGCGGUUUCUUCCAGGUCACCCCACCCGCGCACACGGAGCGGGCCCGCCAGGCGGCCACCAUGGGUGAGGUGGAGUUCAUCCGGAGGCAGGUGGCCGGGGCCCUCGCCGAGGACGCGGCGGCGGCGGAGGCCGGGGCCCAGCAGGUGCCGGACCCGGAUGCCAAAGCGCCCACCGAGAUAUCCCCCUGGCUGGAGCUCACCCGGUGGCCCGAGUUCCUGCAUGGGCAUGCCUUCACAGCGGUAGCCCCGCUGGCUGCACCACCGGAUCCCACAGCUGAGCCCCUUCUGACAGUGUUCAGCGCCAGCGUCGAGCGGCUGAUCGAGGCGGCCUACCAGUCCAUCAAGACGCGGCGGAUCAACGAGUUUGACCAGGUGAGUCGGCAAGCAAGCGAGAAAUAUAUAUAUAUUGGCACUCCCACACCACAUGCACUCCCACACCACAUGCACGCACGUGCACACCCAUAUGCCAUAUGCAUGUAG